GAGGGGGCGAUAGUGAGACUUGCAGGCUGUCGCUCAAACCAGAAGAAGAAGAAGCUCACGUUGGUUUGGUGUGAUGCUAGAAAGCAGCUUGUAGAGUAGCUGUCUUGGGUUUCUUGCUGCAGUGUGAGCCGCUGAAGCUAUUAGAAGAACAAAAGAAAAUUUAAAAAAAGAUGUUCGCUUCCCUUCGCGUUUGAACCGCGUGUGUGGGGCUGCUGUCUCUCGUGGGUCAUGUUCGUGCUGGUGGAGAUGGUGGACACGGUGCGGAUCCCUCCGUGGGUCUUUGACCGGCAGCUGAACGAUGCCAUAGCGGAGGAGCUGAACAAGAAGCUGGCCAACAAGGUGGUUUACAACGUGGGUCUCUGCAUCUGCUUGUAUGACAUCACCAAACUGGAAGACUCCUAUAUUUUCCCUGGAGACGGCGCCUCGCACACUAAAGUCCAUUUCCGGUUUGUCGUCUUCCACCCGUUCCUCGACGAGAUCCUCGCUGGCAAGAUCAAAUACUGCAGCCAGGAGGGAGUUCAUGUGACGAUGGGCUUCUUCGAUGACAUUCUCAUUCCACCCGAGUCUCUCCAGCAGCCGGCCAAAUUCGACGAGGCCGAGCAGGUUUGGGUCUGGGAGUACGAGACGGACGAGGGAGCGCACGACCUCUACAUGGACCCGGGAGAGGAGAUCCGCUUCCGGGUGGCGGACGAAGUCUUCGUGGACACGUCGCCGACGGGGCCGGCCGCCGCCAAGACCGACGCGCCGGCCCCGCCCGGACAGUCGACUGCACCGCCGGCGGAGGAGAGCGGGGAGAAAAAAGAGGCUCCAUACACACUCGUCGGGACCAUCUGUGAGCCAGGACUGGGUCUGCUGUCCUGGUGGAACAGCUAGCACUGCAGAGGAGGAACAAAGAGAGACGUGGGGCGACUGAGAGCAGACGGAGCGCUGCAGCCGAUCCCGUCCGCCGACUUCAGGGACGGUGGACAGAAACCCGCUGGUUUUGUUACACGAGCGGAGCGCCGUGCUGGACGGAGCCACGCUCUGGAGCAAACCUGUCAUACCGACCGAGUGCUCCUGUAUGUAUUUAUUAACGAGAAAUUAGAUUAAUUUGAUUUAUAAAACACGAGUUUCUGAAAUAAAGUAAAAAAAUAAAAAAAAAAAGCAACAAAUGAACCGAAUAAUAAUUUAUUGAUGUUGUUACACCUCUUAAUAACUGAAAGCACAAACAGAUUUUUUUAAAAUUUGGUAAAGAUUUGGUAAAUCUGUGCGUUCUCCACACUUCUACACUUUUGUGAUGGUAGGAGAGGAAAAAAAACUUGACAUCACUUCCUGGCAACUGGUAACAAACUGUAGCAAAGGUUCUCUUCUGGCUAAUUAGCCAAAUUACUACUUAGCUGGUGUGUCACAUCAUAUUUAGACCCCAGGGAAACAAGGAGGUAAUAUUUAGAGAUCCCUUUUUAGACAACCUUUGAUCAGCCUUUAAAAAAAAUAAAUAAAAAAAGUCACAGGAUAAACACAAAAAGGGUCUGCUGAAGUUAUUUUAAAGGAGCACUCAGUUUUUUAUGAAAAAAAAAAACAACUUAAGAUUUUAUAUUUUACAAGGUUUCUCCUCUGUUUUGGGAAGCAGAAACACAAAAAUAUUUAUUUUUGAGGGAAUAAAAAUUUUCUGUUUUUAUGUCGAGGUGAAACAUUUAUGCCACUAACAAAUAACUGUCAACAAUUAAAAAUAUAUACAUUUAGCUGCUUUUUUCUUUUUCUUUUUUUUUUUUUUUUUUUGCUAAUAAUUGUAUGAAAUGAAGGGAAAAGCACGGUGGUGGCUGCAUCAUAUUGAUACUGCUGCGUUGCUCAAUGUUUAUCGAAUAAAAAUGCUUGGAUUACCUUCAAGCAUUUUUUCAGAGUUGGUUUGAACCCAGAUGUUUCAGUCAUCACACAUCCAGAGAUUAGUCACCACCUGCG